AAAUUUUAAAAAAAUAAGAAAACUUAUGUGAAUAUGAUUAUUGAUGUGAAAGUACAUUUCUCUCAGGAGUAUGUAAUGUUACAACUCUGGUUGAGAUCUGUGUAAUGUAGAGCUUUCCUCUGCCCCAAUUUUCUGCUACCCUAAAACAAAUGUUUAUGUCAAAGGUAUAUCAUAUCUGUGUAUUUUUUCCUUUUUUGGUGUCUCCAUGGUAUUGCAGCAGAAGCACACACGGGAAUAUGGAAAAAUCUUCAAGUCUCACUUUGGUCCUCAGUUUGUAGUAUCUAUUGCAGACCGAGACAUGGUGGCUCAGGUGCUCCGAGCAGAGGGGGCCACACCCCAGAGAGCCAACAUGGAGUCCUGGCAGGAGUACCGACACUUACGAGGCAGAUCCACCGGGCUCAUCUCAGCGGAGGGUGAACAGUGGCUCAAGAUGAGACGUGUAUUGAGACAAAGAAUUCUGAAACCGAGAGAUGUGGCCAUUUUUUCAGGAGAAAUCAACCAAGUUAUUGCUGAUUUAAUUAAAAGAAUCUACAUUCUCAAGAGCCAGGCAGAAGAUGGAGAAACUGUGACCAAUGUCAAUGACCUUUUCUUCAAAUAUUCAAUGGAAGGGGUGGCCACCAUCCUCUAUGAAAGCCGCCUGGGCUGCCUGGAGAACAGUGUCCCGCAGCCCACCGUGGACUACAUUGAGGCUCUGGGGCUCAUGUUCAGCAUGUUCAAGACCUCCAUGUAUGCGGGCGCCAUCCCCAGGUGGCUCCGCCCUCUCAUCCCCAAACCCUGGCUGGAGUUCUGCAGGUCCUGGGACGGACUCUUCAAAUUCAGCCAAAUCCAUGUUGACAAUAAGCUGAAGGACAUACAGUGCCACAUGGACCGCGGGGAGAGGGUAAGAGGGGGGCUGCUCACAUGCCUCUUCCUCAGUCAGGAGCUGACGCUGGAGGAGAUCUAUGCCAACAUGACAGAGAUGCUGCUGGCCGGUGUCGACACGACGUCGUUCACGUUAUCCUGGGCAGUGUAUCUCCUCGCCAGGCACCCACAAGUGCAGCAGACCCUGUACCAGGAGAUCGUUAAGAAUCUGGGGGAGAGGCACAUCCCAACGGCAGCUGACGUCCCCAAAGUCCCACUGGUCAGAGCUCUGCUGAAGGAAACCUUGAGGCUGUUUCCAGUGCUCCCGGGAAACGGCAGGGUCACCCAGGAAGACCUGGUCGUUGGGGGGUACCUGAUUCCCAAAGGCACCCAGCUGGCCCUCUGCCACUACGCCACGUCCUACGAGGAUGAAAACUUCCCUCGGGCCAAGGAGUUCUGGCCAGAGCGCUGGCUGCGAAAGGGAAGCCUGGACCGAGUUGACAACUUUGGGUCCAUCCCCUUUGGGUACGGGGUUCGGAGUUGCAUUGGGCGGAGAAUUGCGGAGCUGGAGAUCCAUCUCGUCAUCAUCCAGUUGCUUCAACAUUUUGAGAUCAAACCAUCCUCUUGGACUAAAGCUGUUCCUGCAAAAACCCAUGGGCUGCUGACGCCAGGGGGGCCCAUCCACGUGCGUUUCGUUAACAGAAAGUGAGCCUGUAUUUUAAAACCCAGCCAACUGCCUGACACAACCUGGGUGUUCCCAUGUCACCGAUGACAGCGGAGGAGGGAAAUGAUCACUUUUAGAGGCUGCCUUGGUGAUAACCUGCUCCCCCCCCCCCCCCCCAUUCUGGGACACUUGUAUGUCUUUAUGCAGAGCAAUGUCAAAAGAUUAUUCAACUUUUUGCAAA